GGCCGAAACCGCGGCCGGGCCGGCGGGGUGGGGGCGAUGGGCGUCCGAAUGGGCCCGAGCGGAGACCGCGAGGGGCGGCGCUGCCUCCCCGCAGAGCUGAGCGCCCGCCGCUGACCCGCCCGGCCGAGCGGGGCCCGGACAGGAUGACCAAGGGCCAUCAGAGAGACUCCCUUGCCUUCCAGUAGCUGUAACAGCUGUCAUGGAGGAGUUGGUAGAGGAUGACAUCUGUAUUUUGAACCAUGAAAAAGCAGACAAUGCCCACAAGAGAGACAGCGAUAUUCCUGUUCCAUCCUAUAGUGGAGAUGAGUCUGUUGCCUCACACUUUGCACUUGUCACUGCAUAUGAAGAUAUCAAGAAACGACUGAAAGAGACAGAGAAGGAGAACUCCUUCUUAAAAAAAAAAGUGAGAAUUUUAGAGGAGAAGGUGCUUGGCUCCCGGAUGGAAGAGGAAUGCAGCUCGGUUGGGCGGGAACAAGUCAAUAAAGCUUACCAAGCCUAUCGAGAGGCCUGCAUCGACCGUAACCAUCUGAAAAGCAAACUGGAAAAAAUGGCAAAAGAAAGUGCAGAAUCCUUGAAAAACUUGAAUGAACAGUUGCAAUCUAAAGAAGUAGAGCUGUUACAACUAAGAACUGAAGUGGAAACUCAGCAAGUGAUAAAAAGUCUGAAUUGUACUCAGGCUAACUGGGAAUUAGAGAAGCUGAACAGUGACCUGAAAGUGCAUAGUCUGGAACAGGAUCUAGAAAAACUCAAGGAAGAGUGCAACAGUCUCAGGAAGGAGUUGCAAAAUUCCAAGCAGAAGGACCAGGCUCAAGAAGAAAAUCCAUUACAUGGAGACCACCUUCAAAGGCAAGACAUCCAGAGUUUGCAACAAACAUAUUGGGACCUGAAGAGAGAAAUGUCCAAUUUGCGUGUAGUGACUGACAAGCAAGCUGAGAUCCUACGAAAACUGAAAAGGAACCCACCAGGAGCCAAGAAAGCUGCCUGUACUGCACCAGUGCAAUGUGUUGACUUGAACAUUUCAAAGGUGAAUUUGACAUCUGGGGUAGCCUAUAAAAACCUGUCACAAAACAAUAAAGCCCUCGGCAAUGCUGUGUCUCCCCCUCUGCUGAGAGAUGCCCGUGUCCCAUCAGAAAGGGUGACCCUACAAGCUUGGACAGAUGAGAGACCAAUUCCAGCUGAUGGCAAAAUGUUUCAGGAACACCAUUCCUAUGGAAAGAGCUCUCUGGAAGAUAAUUCCUGGGUAUUCCCAAGUCCUCCAAAGCCCAAUGAGAAUAUGUUUUGGGAAAUGAAAAAUAAUCCAACUUUGUUAAACUGUCCAGCAGAUUACCUGGAUCAGUGUAAUCAAAACUGUCUGCACAAGAGUUAAACAAUUUUUAGAAUGAGCUGAGGCAUUUUUGCAGUGAUUCUGAAUAGGCACCUUAAUGCUCAAACUUUUAAGGAGAGAAAUUGCUUGAAAUGUCUUUCUUUAUUUUUAAUUCUAGUUCCAAAUCAGAAAGCGUAGUCUUCCUCUGCUGUAAAUCAGGAGUGAGUUCCUUGAUGUUAAAGCUGUGCUGGUAUAAUGUAAAUACAAAGAAAUCUAGCAUGGGUCCUAGAUAGUCAUGUACUGCAAAUGACAUACAUUUGCUAAAGGUUACAAUGAAAAGUGAGUUUGUGGAAUAAAACAAAAUAAUCCA